CUGCAGUACACAUGACAAAACCAGGGGGGCGAAGUUCACAGCAGCAAACAUGGCGCCUUCCAUUGACAGGAUGGUGUCUAUUAUGAUUGCGCUGCUUUUUCUUUGUCUCGGUGCCGAGGCUGUGGAUCGCAGCAACUUCAAAACAUGUGACCAGAGUUCUUUCUGCAAGCGUCAAAGAGAGCUGAUGCCUGGGCAGUCUCCAUACAGAGCACUGCUGGAUACCCUGGAGCUCAGUGACUCCAGGAUCACACUGCAGCUCAUCAAUGACAAUAACAAGGUGCGGCUCCUGCUGGAACUUUACCGGCUGCAGGGCAACAUGACCCGUAUUAAAAUCAAUGAGCUGAAACCCCUGAAACCUCGCUAUGAGGUUCCUGAUGUCCUACUCAAUGACCCACCCACUGAACCAAUGACGCUGGUGGCUCAGGACGUGAACAGUGUGGUGCUGUCUCUCGGGGUCGAUGAGCAGAGGGUGAUUGUUAAUGCACGGCCUUUUCGCCUCGACAUCGUGGAGGGGCCCAAAGUGCUGCUGUCUCUCAAUUCCCGAGGCCUGCUGGCCUUUGAGCACCUGCGCCUGCGCAAGGACACUAUCUCUCAUAAAAUAACUAGCACAGUCGGUAGCAUGUGGGACUCGAUCAAGAGCGUUUUCUCUAGUAAACAUGACACUGAUGCAGAGGACGGUGGAGGAUCAGACAAUGCAGAGCUGCCAGAUGAUGAGGAUGGGCAGACAGUAAAAGAGGAAGAAGAUAAGCCUGGCAUGUGGGAAGAGACCUUUAAGACGCACAGUGACUCAAAACCCAAUGGACCAACAUCCAUUAGUUUAGAUUUUUCUUUCCCUGGUGUGGAGCAUCUUUACGGCAUUCCUGAACACGCAGACACGCUCAAGCUCAAAAACACAGACGGAGGCGAACCAUAUCGGCUGUAUAAUCUGGACGUGUUCCAGUACGAGCUGAACAACCUCAUGGCUCUGUACGGAGCCGUGCCUGUCAUCAUAUCCCACAAUACAGAACGCACUAUGGGUGUCUUCUGGCUCAAUGCAGCUGAGAGCUGGGUGGACAUCAGCUCCAGUACCUCAGGAAAGACGGUGUUUGGUAAGAUGAUGGACUUUGUCCAGGGAUCAAAUGAAGCCCCACAGACAGAUGUGCGCUGGAUCUCUGAGAGUGGCAUCAUUGAUGUGUUCUUCAUGUCUGGACCAAGACCCAACGACGUCUUCGCACAGUAUGCCUCGCUGACAGGCACCCAGGCCUUCCCUGCUCUCGCCACACUGGGCUAUCACCAGUGCCGCUGGAACUACAAUGACCAGGAGGACGUGAAGGCUGUGGACGAAGGCUUUGAUGAGCAUGACAUCCCCUAUGACUUCAUCUGGCUGGACAUCGAGCACACUGAUGGUAAACGCUACUUCACCUGGGAUCCUAACAAGUUCAGCCAGCCCAAAGAGAUGCUGCAGGGGCUCAUGGACAAGAGACGCAAGAUGGUUGCCAUUGUAGAUCCUCACAUCAAGGUGGACAGCGGCUACAGCAUUCACAAUGAGAUUCGCUCCAAAGGCUUCUACGUCAAGAACAAAGAUGGAGGAGACUAUGAGGGCUGGUGCUGGCCAGGAAAUUCUGGUUAUCCUGACUUUACCAACCCCGAGAUGAGAGCCUGGUGGGCUAGCAAGUUUGCUUAUGACCAAUACACGGGUUCCAUGGAGAACCUUUUCACUUGGAACGACAUGAACGAGCCAUCAGUGUUCAACGGGCCCGAGGUGACCAUGCAUAAAGAUGCAAUGCAUGGAAACUGGGAACAUAGAGACGUCCACAAUAUCUAUGGCAUCUAUGUGCAAAGAGCAACCGCUGAAGGCCAGAUCCAGCGCUCCGGUGGCACAGAAAGACCAUUUGUUCUCACCAGAGCCUUUUUUGCAGGAUCUCAGCGCUAUGGGGCAGUAUGGACAGGAGAUAAUGCAGCUGAAUGGGGUCAUCUGAAGAUCUCUAUCCCCAUGUGUUUGAGCCUUGGACUAGUAGGCAUCUCUUUCUGUGGAGCUGAUGUUGGUGGUUUCUUUAAGCAUCCUAGCACUGAGUUGCUGGUGCGUUGGUAUCAGGCAGGAGCUUACCAGCCAUUCUUUCGGGCUCAUGCCCACUUGGAUACUCCGCGACGUGAGCCCUGGCUCUUCGGCCCAGACAACACUGCUCUGAUUCGAGAGGCUAUACGGCAGAGAUACACACUCCUGCCCUACUGGUACCAGCUCUUCUACAAUGCAUAUCGUACUGGUCAGCCAGUCAUGAGGCCUUUGUGGGUGGAGUAUCCUGAAGAUCCAGACACUUUUGCCAUUGAGGAUGAAUACUUACUUGGUAAAGAUCUGCUGGUACACCCUGUUACUGAAGAGGGAGCAAAGGGGGUGACAGCCUUCUUACCCGGGAAAGGAGAGGUUUGGUAUGAUGUUCACACAUUCCAGAAACACAAGGGGGCUCAGAAUCUCUACAUUCCAGUCACCAUGAGCUCAAUCCCAGUGUUCCAGCGAGGCGGCUCUAUUAUCAGCAGGAAGGACCGUGUGAGGAGAUCCUCUGCCUGUAUGGAGAAUGACCCCUACACCCUCUAUGUGGCCCUCAGUCCUCAGGGCACUGCUGAAGGAGAAAUCUACAUUGAUGACUUUCACACCUUCAAGUUUGAAACGGACAAGCAGUUCAUCCAUAGGCGUCUGCACUUCUCUGAUAAUGCACUUUCUUCCAGUAAUCUGGCUCCAGAUUCACAGUUCACUACGGCAUCUUGGAUAGAGAAGGUGGUCAUAAUGGGAGCUUCUCGUCCCACCUCUGUCUCUCUGACAACUGCAGAUGGCACCAAGACUGCUCUGGAGUUUGAGUUUGAUUCUGCUGCGUCUGUGCUGACUCUGCGCAAACCUGGCGUCAACGCAGGGGCCGACUGGACUGUGUUCCUGGUGUAACACACACACAGACACACACAUGCACAUAUACAUGCACACAUACACCCUGUAUACACCUGGGCAUUUCUUCUGUCUUGAAUAUUAGGAUUAUAUCUGGAUAGACCAAACCACACAGAAAUACUAGUGCAAACACCCCCAGGACACAUUUAAAAUAGAUUAAAGUCUGAUCACUCACAUCCAAAUCAGGAGGUGAUCUGAGCUGCAUUUGAGCCACUGGUGUAUAUACUGGUGUAAACACAUUAGUCUCUUGAAGACACAUUCGACGACCAAAACUCCUCUAAGUACAACCAAAACACCAGUAAUAACUGUCAUGGAGUGAUAAAAUGUCUAUAUUUCGUCCCACACAGCAAUUUUAGUCCAAAUAAGCGAGAUGCAAUCCAAACACUAAACACAUGAAGUGACCAGGUGUAAACAGCAUAACACAAUUUACCAAGAUGAAUCAAUCAACAGCACUUAUUUUAAAACAAGAUUGUUAUAUCUGCACACACAUAGACAAUAAGUAUUUGGGAUUGGAUGGCUGUAGGUGACGUUAGUAAUUCUACAAUCACAUGAAUAAAUUGACAUUCAUUCAGAAAUGUGGGAUCUUUUGCACUGACAUACAAUGUCCACAUCUAUCAUGAGAGAAAGAGAGAGAGAGAAAGAGACAGCUAGUGAGAAAUAGAGAGUGAGAGAGAGAGAGAAAUAGAGAUUGAGAGAUGGAUGUGGCAUUUUCCAAUAAUGAAUCUCCAUUUCAAAUAAAUAUUGUCACGUUUAUUGAAGGAAAGGCCUAAUUAAUGUAUAGAAAUUCAACCCAUGCUUAUUUUAUCAUAAGUUACUACCUGGGUUAUUACCUUAAGUUAGGACAAAACAUGAUUAGUUUUUGUUCUCAACUUGGCGCCACAAUGAAUUGAAUCAAGGAUACUUCUUCAAAAUUUGAAUUUGUUAGAGAUUUUUUUUAUGAUUUGUUUGAUUAGUUUUACAUACCUUUUUAUAAAUGUUUUUUUUGGUUAUGGAUUAAUUAGUUGGGUUACACAACCUCACACAAACCUUAUGUAUGUAGGAUUGUCCAUGAAUAUGUUUUAGUUUGUUUGAUUUGUUUAAAUUGAUAGACCCAAAUAGACUAAUUUACUAAUCCAUAAUUCUUUCAUUCCAAGGUCUUUUGACCUCACUGAAAACCCAGCGAUUACAUAGUAUUCUGCAUUAGAGGAAUAGUUUGGAAAAAUAUAUACUUUCCAAUCAUUUCUAAGAUUCAAGAUUUAUUACUGUGGCCCAGGUAUAAUCGGUCAGCUGUUUAGUAUCUGAUUGGUGCUUAUUUACUUAAGCUAACAUAUUGGUACAAAAGUAAAUUUCACACUAUACCAUGAUUUGUCUAUCAAAGGCAUCUUAUAUCUGCCCAGUAUCAUUUAUUUUAGUCCAUCUUGUAUCUAUUGAGUGCAUUAUUAAAAUCAUGACGUAUUAAAUCACUGAGUUACAUAUAUUGCAGAACAAUCAUGCAGUCUUUUGUCUGUGUGAAACCAAUAAAUAUAUGUUGGGGUUUUAAUCAGAUAAGGAAUCCUUUGUUGUGUAUUUACACAUAUAAAAAAGACCCAUGUCUCUUAGAAAUGGUAGCCUAACAUCUCCCAUUCUAAAGAAGCAAACUUCAGGUACCAAACAAACAAACAUGUGUUGGUUAAUCUAAUCUGGUUGUAUCUGCAGUCAGUGAUAAAUCAUAUUAUAGAUUUUUUACUAAACUAUUCCUUUAACCCAAACUGCAUUAAUAAUCAUGCAAGCUUUAACUUAGAUGCUGUUACUGAAUACAAGCCAAUUCAACAGAUGCCAUUAGAUAGAUAGAAAUAAAUGAGAAUAAAUGAAGAAAUGAUCUGUUGUUUAGAUAAAAUUGCAAUUUUACUGUAAGACAAAAUAUGACACAAUAAGAGUGAACAUGUACACUGGUAAAUGAGAUGUCCAGGGAUCUGACAUGGAAUUUAUUGUUGUUUACAUUUCCUAUUAAAAUGUCAGUUAAACAUGUAAUAUUGGCAUUAGUUUAUCAGACCCACUAUGUCAAUGUCUGACUGAGACUCUAAAAACUGGAUGGAUAAAAUAAAAGUGUCAUCUUCCA